AUGUCGGUUAACUGGUUUGUUCGGUGCUCUGACGAAAUUAUCGAAUUCAAUGCCAAUUUUGAUGAGGCAUUAAUGGGCGCCCAGCCGAAUAGUUCGUUAACCAUAUUGAAAGGUGAGCUGGUUGAACUGUGGGAAAAAACUAAAAAGGCAUAUGAAAAAUGUCUACAAUCUUUGAAAGAAGAUGCAGACAUAGAAGGUGUUAGGUCCAAGUACGCUACCACAUUUCGAGAUUACCUUAGUUGUUCGUCCCGUAUAGACGAAAAUAUGGAAAAGUUUAACCCUAAUAAGGAAGAUGUUUCUCGAACCAUUGCUCAAGCAGCUGGUUUUUCUGAUAGCUUACAUUUACCACCAUGCGAUACCAAUAUUUUCGAUGGUGAUUAUGCCUCGUGGCCAUCGUUUCGAGAUCUUUUUACCGCGAUAUACAUUAAUAACAGUCGUUUGAGCGGCGUACAAAAGCUUUACCACUUGCUUCAGAAAACAAGCGGUGAAGCUCGGGAAAUUGUUAGCAAUUCCCAACUUACAAAUCAAGGAUUCGAAACGGCUUGGUCUAACUUAAAAGCGACUUAUGAAAACAAACGGGUUUUAGUGAAUAGCCAGUUAAAGAAGUUGUUUUCACUUCCGGUCAUUCGGACCGAAAGUGCGUCAGCGUUGAAGGAUCUUCAACGAAGCAUUAACGCAUGCCUCUCAGCGCUGGAAAUCUACAACAUAGACGUCACCAACUGGGAUCCAGUUCUCAUAUUCUUGUGCUCAAACCGGCUUCCAGAGACAACCCUCAGCAUGUGGGAAAACACGUUGCUGGAUAAAUCAGCGUUACCAGAAUGGAAGCAAAUGAAUGCCUUCCUUAUACAACGUUUUAGGACAUUGGAGUCGAUUGUGGAUGUGAAAUAUUCAACUUCGUUGACAUCAACCCACCAACAACAACGAUCGUUUACGCAUCCACAUAACCCGUUGGGACAAAAGAAGCUGUCGCUUGCCACCAACGUCAUUUCAUCAUACUGUGUCAUGUGCCCAAAACAACAACACGUCCUACGUUUAUGUAAAAAGUUUUUAUCCCUCUCCGUCAGUGAUAGGUUCGCGUUGAUCAAAAAACACAACUGCUGUCUGAAUUGCCUUUCUAAGGGCCAUUCUGUCAAAGAAUGUAAGAGUAAAUUUUCGUGCACAACGUGCAAGAGCAGGCAUCACUCUCUACUUCAUAGAGUGGCUCCCAACACUCAACACAAAGAUGCCUCAAACCAUGGAACUGCCUCACAGGCAUUCCAUGUAAACAUACAGUCCACUUCUCGUGGUAGAAGUUCGUCACCAAAUCCAGAAAAUUCGGCUUCGUCGAGUUUGUCAUCAGCUUUACUUGGCACCGCCAUGGUGCAUAUUUGCCAUUUAGGCUCGACGUACUUCGCUCGCGCCUUGAUUGACUCGGCUUCAGAGGCGUCGUUUAUAUCAGAACGACUUCGAAAACUUUUGAAGCUUCCAUGUUCGAAAGCAAAUGCAGUCAUCUCAGGGCUUAAUCAAACAGUUUGCAAUAGUUCGUUGAAAAUUUGUUCAUUUAUCUUGGGCUCUCCACGAGACCCAAAUCUUUUCAUUGAGGCGAACGCAUUUGUAUUACCACACAUUACGGGUAACUUACCUUCAACGUCUAUAGACAGUUCAAUAUUAGAUGAACUGCCUAAAGUACCUUUCGCAGAUUCUAAAUUUUUACAGAGCGGCCCAAUCGAUGUUUUGAUCGGGGGAGAUUUAUACCCCAAAGUUAUGUUGGAAGGGGUUAAACGUAGUGUAUGCAAUAAUUUUCUGUCCCAAGAGACCGUGUUCGGGUGGAUAGUCACUGGGGCAUCAUCCACUGCACACGUCUCUUGUUUUGCUACCAAAAUCUCGUUGGGGGAGGACAAUCCAUUAGAUUGCCAGCUACGUAAAUUCUGGGAGUUAGAAGAAAUCCCAAAGAGGAAUAUUCCAUCAGCAGAGGACUCGUUUUGUGAAGAACUUUUUUUGAAAACAACAACUAGGAAUUCUGAAGGAAGGCCUAUUGCGUUACGCCAAUAUUUGCGCAACGAAGCUAGGCUAAUGAAAACUCUGUCUUUAAAAGGAGAAUACGAUAAGGUGGUCAGAGAAUAUUUGGACCUAGGGCACAUGGAAGAAGUAAAACCUCCUUUGUAUGAUCACUCCCCUAAUCACUUUUAUCUACCCCAUCAUGCAGUUUUGAAGCCGGAAAGCACAUCGACAAAAUUAAGAGUAGUUUUCAACGCGUCUAGCAAUUCCUCCAACGGAAACUCUACAUCAACUAGCUCAAGACUCGCAGGAGUCAUAUCCAUUGGCGGCUCAAAUUUUAAAAGUGCAAUGUAUGUAGAUGAUGUGCUAGCCGGAUUUCACCAGAUUUCAACAGCCUUGCAGGCACGCAACGAGCUAAUUCAAGUGUUGUAUAGUGCGGGAUUUUCACUGAGAAAGUGGUCCUCUAAUACAAAAGAACUUAUUGCUGAUCUUCCUGAUGACCAUUUGUUAGGCAAAGAAUUUCUUGAUCUGGAUGAGACUAGCACAACGAAAGCUUUAGGUAUACGGUGGAACGCCAAGUUGGAUCACUUCUUUUUUAAUGUCCAGGAUAUAGUCCUGAAAUCAAGCUAUAACAAACGGGAGGUUUUGUCAAUAAUCGCAAAACUUUUUGACCCAGCUGGCUGGCUAGCACCUAUCGUGGUAAUAGCUAAAAUACUUAUGCAACAGAUCUGGUUAGACGGUACUACCUGGGAUCAACCCAUCAGUUCACAAACACUUUCUAAAUGGAAAUUUUUUGUUGAAAAUUACGGUUACAUACAGAAUAUCAAAGUUCCGCGUUGGAUGAAUUGUUCAAAUGAAACUCCGAUACAAAUUCAUGCCUUUUGCGACGCGUCGGAAAAGGCAUACGCGGGGGUGAUAUAUUUGCGGGUAGAAAACAAUAAACUAGUUACAUCACAGCUGCUGCUAGCCAAAACAAAAGUAGCUCCGAUUAAAAAGAUUUCGAUACCUCGUUUGGAGUUAUGCGGUGCGGUUUUGCUUGUAGAUAUGUUGAACUGUUUACGAAAUGAGCUUCCAUUUAAGGUCGAAAAUACCUUCUGUUGGACCGACUCAACCAUUGUCCUCUCGUGGCUGAAGAAGCAACCUGGCUCUUGGACGACCUUUGUUGCUAAUCGAGUUGCAAAGGUUCAGGAAGCCGUUGAUUUUCGAUAUUGGAAUCAUGUCGAAUCCAAAGACAAUCCAGCAGAUCUGGGUAGCAGAGGGGUAUAUCCACAGGAUUUGACAUCGAAUGAGUUAUGGUGGUACGGUCCGUCUUGGCUUACCAAAGAAGAAGCGAAUUGGCCAUCAUUGGAUCAAGAAAUCGAAGACACUACAGUGGAAGCAAAAAGGAUAAACGCACAUAAUUGUGCAGCGCUCACACCUGGGCAUUUCCUUAUUGGUGCGCCGCUUCUCUCGCCUAUUGAGCCUUCCAUCGAAACAAAUCCAAUCUCGUUGAUUAAUAGGUGGCAAAGGUUGAAAGCCUUAAGCCAACAACUCUCAAUUCGAUGGAAGGAGGAGUAUUUAAAGGAGCUUCAUAAACGUUAUAAGUGGAAGUAUCCUCAAACCGACAUAUCGGUUGAUGACUUAGUAGUUGUGCGUCACGAACAUCUUCCGCCUAAUGAGUGGCGUUUGGGAAGAGUUACCAAGGUCUAUCAGGGUAACGAUAGAAGAGCUCGGGUAGCAGACAUUCGCACACAAAAGGGAAUGAUAACGCGCCCCAUUGUUAAAUUAGUCGUCUUACCACAGUAG